CUGAUUGGCCCCCAAUAUACAGCUUUCAAAGCCAACUCGUCGGUACACCCACCUGGAAAAGAAAAGUAACGAAGUCCAACACCACGACGCAAGCACUUCGAUCCAAACACAAACAUUAGUUUUCAGAUUUGGGAUUUUAUAACAUAAUCAUUGUUCGUUAGGUUGGGUGUGUUUGUACCGCUAAUUGCGCAAUUUUAUAAAGAGUCUCCUAUAGUCCCAAGUUUUAACUUGUUACCAAAGUGACUGGCUGACUGCCUAACAAAGUUUAUCAAAAGCAUUCCCUUUUCAUCACGUUCUUUUCCUUACAUACCCAUCAGAUCUCAAGCUUUUAAUUUUCCCAAACACUGGUUGAUUCUUGCUUUUGUGUGCUGGGGCUUGUUAGAGUGAAAUCUGAGGGGGAAAGGAUUGGUUUUAACGAUUGAAGGAAUAAUAGAAAAGAAAAAAGAGAUGGGUGAGGGUGAGCGGUUUCAGCUGGGAACAGUUGGGGCGUUGACCCUAUCGGUAAUUUCAUCAGUGUCCAUCGUGAUCUGCAACAAGGCUUUAAUCAGCUCAUUGGGUUUCCAUUUCGCUACAACUUUGACAAGCUGGCAUCUUCUAGUCACCUUUUGUUCUCUUCAUGUGGCUUUAAAGGUGAAAUUGUUUGAACACAAACCUUUUGAUCGAAAAGCUGUAAUGGGCUUUGGUAUUCUAAAUGGGAUCUCCAUUGGACUUUUGAAUUUGAGCCUGGGUUUCAAUUCUGUUGGAUUUUAUCAGAUGACCAAGCUGGCAAUCAUCCCUUGCACUGUUUUCUUGGAGACCCUUUUCCUUGGGAAGAGAUUCAGUAGGAGUAUUCAGCUUUCACUCAUUUUCCUCCUUCUGGGUGUUGGGAUUGCAACAGUCACUGAUUUGCAACUCAAUACUCUGGGCUCUGUCUUAUCUCUCCUUGCAGUUGUUACAACAUGUGUGGCUCAAAUUAUGACCAAUACUAUCCAGAAGAAUUUUAAGGUUUCUUCAACCCAACUUCUAUAUCAAUCUUCUCCAUAUCAAGCUGGCACCUUGUUGAUCUCUGGUCCAUUUUUGGAUGCGUUUUUGACUAAUCAAAAUGUAUUUGCAUUCAAAUAUACAACUCAAGUACUGGUUUUCAUCAUCCUAUCUUGCCUGAUCUCUGUCUCUGUAAAUUUUAGCACAUUUCUUGUAAUUGGAAAGACAUCUCCAGUCACCUAUCAGGUUCUUGGACAUUUGAAGACAUGCCUGGUAUUGGCAUUUGGUUAUGUCUUGCUUCAUGAACCAUUUAGCUGGAGGAAUAUUUUAGGGAUUUUGAUUGCACUAAUUGGGAUGGUCCUAUAUUCUUAUUUUUGCACUCGUGAGAGUCAGCAAAAAACUACUGAAGUAGCAGCACAAUCAAUUCAGAUAGUGGAAGGUGAAUCUGAUCCUCUCCUGAAUGCUGAAAAUGGUAAAGGUGGAUUAACUGAUGCUGUUGCCCCAAAAGCCCCUGUAUGGAAGUCAAACAAGGAUUUGGAUGCAUGAAGGAUUUUCAUACACCUAAGAGAAGCAGAUGCAACUUGAGAUUAAUGAUGAUCUCUGUGGCAUAAAAGGUUUUCCAUGUCUUCUCAAAUUUGCACAGGUGUGAGCCCUUCUUUUCCUUAUGUGUGGUUUAGUAGUAUAUUAAGUUGAUAUUUCGAUAAUUAGCUCAAAUGAGGAAUGAAUAUAGUGGGUAUUGUUGUUUUUCCUGACAAACAAAUACGGUUCAGCUUUGUAAUCAAUUUUAAUGAAAUUUUAUCAUCUGUUAUAUAUGAAAAAUUGAAUUCUCUGCA